CUUCAAGUCCCAUAAAAAAAGGUCCCAGAUUCCUUGGGGAACACCUGAUCCUGAUCCUACACACUUACAUCGGCACUUUAGGCGGCGCGGCAGCCGAUCGGAUUCCAUCUUACCCCAGCCUUCUAGCUGCAUCUCCUGCACCCACCACGACUGCAGUCAGAGCAACUACACGUCAAAGGACAGCAAGACUAAUAAAAGCUUUGCAAAGGCAUACGGCUCAUCCUUCUUAUAUCACACCAUUUCAUCGAUAUAUAUCCCAGGCCAAUGCUCCGCCGCAGUAUCUUCACCUUCCGUCCCUCUCGUCUCAACCCUUCCGUAUCUCAACAUCUCAUCUCGCCCUUUUCAUCCUCAUCUUCCAAGAUGAACUCACCUCAAGACGAUUCAUCCUCUUCAACUCCCUCAACGGAACCAUCGCCUCGUAAUGCUCUUCCCGCUCCAGGUUCCAACAGCGAAAACGUCACAACCCUCGACGUCAGUGGCUCAGGCACAACCGUCAAGCUAGACGCUCUCGGCCCAAUGGUCGUCAACGUGGACGGCACCAUGUCCCGCAUCUCCAACUGGGAUAAGAUGGCAGACAUCGAAAAGGAGAACACGCUUCGCAUCAUCGGCAAGCGGAACCAGCAACGCUUGGCAACCUUGAGAAAGGCCCGUGGCAUCAGUCAAGGGAGCAAUGACAGCAUAGGCGCUAGUGGCAAUCACGGCAUUUCUGGCAAACAAUAGAGCAUAAUCAUGACCUGACUCGGAGAAAAAAAAAAAUGGAACAUUUCAUAUAUAUAUAUAAAUAAACGUCAUUCCACAUAGAGCCCAGUUCUUUUACUUUGGCUCUCUAUUUUCACCACUUUGGAUAUAUGCUACAUAAAAAAAAUGAUUGCCAAACGGAUUUCCGCCGCCCCGACCUUGUUCAACUCAGCCCCAGAUUGGAUCGGGUAUCCCAUGAUCCAAAUCUUCCCAGGGCAAGACAAAGCACCCAUCCAGGUAACAGUAUAAACGCCAAUAACCAAAACAACGCCCCCUCACCCCUUCCAAUCAAAGCAGUAUUAUGGAGGUUGGAAACACCAGGAUGAAUUGUGAUUUAUCAGAAGCUCGAUUUCUUUCUUCAACUCUCAUCCUUGAGCUUUUCGCCGCUACUUGACUCGGCAGUUGUGGUUUUGGCCUUCUGGCUGGCGUGCUUGGUGAAUUCCUUCCACAGCGCGACAAUGUCUUCACUGCCCUCGUUCUUCUCGACCAAGAGGUUCUUCAGCCACUUGUUCUCGGUCUCAAGCUGGGCAACCUUGCUCUCCAGGUUAGAGACCUUGUCAGACAUCUCCUUAGCAGACUUCUCGAGAGCCUGUUCGCGUUGCUUCUUCUUGAUACGGAAACGAGCGCUGGCAGCGGUGUUCCUCCUCCGCUUGUCCUCCUCGGCAGCCAUUCGGGCAGCCUCCUCCUGGUUCAGGGACUCAGACUUGCGCUUGUCGCCAACCUGCGGGGGUGCCUGAUGGAACCGCGCAUGGUGAGGAGGAACCGGUACGUGGCCGUGGUUUGGCUGCAGGG